AUGCUUUCACCUGUAUCUCGCCAAUUUAUAAGCUUAACUGUAAAGAGAUCACGUAGUGAUAAAAAUGGCAAAAUUAAAAAUUUGUUAUUAAAAUGUGAUAAAGAUGAAGGUGCUCAUGCCACUCUCAAAAAAUGUUUACAAUCAUCUAUGGGUAAUCUUGAAUCUGUAUAUCAAAAAAUUAUAUUGCAAGUGAAGUCCCAGACAAAAGAAAUUCGAGCAAUGAUUUCUUCUAAACAUAUGCAAAUCCCACACCCUGUAGAUAGUAGUAAUGCUGAUCUUCAACUCUUAUUACAAAGUCUUGCACAACAAUAUCAUUUCUGGCCACCACACCAACAGGCUGCUGCCUAUGCUCAACUAAAAGAGUUAGAACACAUAUCUUCUAUUGUACUAAAAGAUCCAAUUAUUACUAAAUCACGAAGAAGGCCAAUUGGUGCAAAAAACUGA